AUGUCAUACCAAGAGAAGCAAGAACUACUCCGUAAAAAUCCAGUGUUUGCUGCAUUUUUCUUCCAUUACAGGUGGAAUUCAUUGCUAAGAAAUGUUAUUCUUGUGAAAAAUGGUCCUCUUGGAAAAGUGAGAGAUUAUUGGUCCAGAAUCGAGUUUCAAAAAAGAGGCUCCCCCCAUGUUCAUGCAUUACUCUGGAUUGAAAAUGCACCAGACCUGGACACUCACGCUGGUCAAAGAUCAGCAGCAUCAUUUAUAGACAAAUAUAUAAAAACUGUAAUCCCUCUUGCAGAAGAUGAUGAAGAGCUGAGAGACUUUGUACUGAAAUACCAAAUUCACAAACACACUCAAACAUGUCAGAAAAGAAAUACUUUGUGCCGUUUUCAUUUCCCAAAACCGGUGUCAGAGGAAACUCAUUUGAAAAUGAACAUGGAUCCAGCACAUGCCACAAAUUUCUAUGAAACCAAACGAUCAGAGAAUGAUAUAUGGGUUAAUGCAUACAAUCCUGAAAUUUUGAAAAUAUUUCAAUCAAACAUGGAUAUUCAAUUAAUUGGAUCUAAAUAUGGAGCAGCGGCAUAUAUAUGUGCAUACAUUAGUAAAGCUGAACCAAUGAAUCUGAAGGAGGAAAUUGCUAAGAGUUUAAAUGCCAUGUCAUCUGCUGAGACAAUAUCCAGAAAGCUUUUCAAACUUGGAAAUGUAUUGCUAACACACAGAGAAAUGAGUGCCCAAGAAGCUACCUAUAUUGUGUGUUCUAUUCCUCUUGUACAGUCAAGUUCCUCGGUUGUGUUUGUAAAUACACUUCCCUUUGAAAAACGCACGAAGUUGUUAAAAUCCCAUCAAGAACUUGAAAACUUAGAUGACACAUCCGAAGAAAUAUUCCUGCCAAACAUUACAGACUAUUACCAAAGUAGACCAUCAAUACCUUCAUAUAAUGAUAUGUGUCUUGCACAGUUUGUGACUGAAUACAUUGUAACUGCAGAGGAACCAAGACCAAAUUCAAACCAACGCACAAGAUACAAACUUCUAAAUCUUGACAGAUGGAUUUAUAAAAGAACAAAACCAGUCUGCCUAAAAACACCGAGCUCAAAGUUUCAACAAACUUUAGAAGAUAAAAGUUUCCAAACUCUUUUUUUAUAUCUUCCAUGGAGAAAAGAAAGUGAAUUGAUUUGCCCAUAUCUUUCCGCCACAGAGGCAUUGAAACAGAAACAUGGAUUGUUACAUUCAUCAUCUCUCCAUCUCCAGCAAUUCACAGAGGAUGUAAGGAGAUUAGUGCAACAGUUGCAAUUGUUGGACAAUUUGUAUGGUGUUACAUUUAAUGCUGCAGCUCCAAACACAACAAUGCACCAUGGUGAUCUGUGUGAAGAUCCAGCUAAUCAUUUUGUUUCAUUAAAUCCAUUACUGGCCAAUCAACUAGAACAGACAAACACUCCUGUGGAACAUGAUAAUGUUCCAGCUCUUCCAUAUCUAACUAUGACUGAUGACCAAUUCAAAACAUCACUUGAAUCUUUAGGUCAAGAUCAACAAGAAGUCUUGCAACUGCUACAUGAACAUUAUUCUAACCAAAUCGCAAACUCGGGAAUUGUUACAAACCCAUUGCAUCUCUUUAUAACAGGUGGUGCUGGAACGGGGAAGUCGUACCUAAUAAAACUUAUCAGAGAGUAUCUAAAUCGUUUAAGCAACAAAAAUGUCCCAGUUGUCAUGUUGCUGGCAUAUACUGGAUUAGCUGCUGCAAAUAUAUCUGGAUCAACAAUUCACAGUGCAUUAUCCAUUCCAGUGGACAAAAAUUUGGUGACAAAUUACUCUUGUCUGUCCUCGACCAAACUACAACAGCUGCGUGAUACCUACAAACAUAUUCACACAAUCAUUAUAGAUGAAGUUAGCAUGGUGAGUUCUCACUUAUUUACAGUCAUCCACAAACGUCUAACUGAGAUUAAGGACACCGCUGAUGAUCAUCAAAAAACAUUUGGUGGAUUAAGUAUUCUGUGUGUUGGUGACAUGCUGCAGCUUAAGCCAGUUUGUGGAUCAUAUAUUUUUCAACAAACAUCUAUGAUUCCAUUCGAUUUGUGGAAGACUUUGUUUAAAGUCAAAUUCUUAACACAAAACUUCAGACAAUCCGAGGAUAGUGUUUAUGCAUCAUUGUUAAACAGAGCAAGAGUUGGCAUAAUAACUGAUGAAGAUAUAAAAUUACUCAAUGGCAGGCAAAAAGUAAAUCUCCAACAUGAAGAGUGGCAGAGUGCAGUCCAUUUGUAUCCGACCAGAAAACAGUGUGAAAAAUAUAAUGAGAACCAAUUACAAAAAAUUACUGAUUCUACCAAUCAUGUUUUUAAAAUUUCCAGUAAAGAUUUAUUUCAAGUAAAUGGUAAUACAGAUAAUUUGAGUAAUAAUGUUCCAUCACAUCUUCUUCCUAAGGAUGAUAGACAGUGUGGAGGUUUACCAACAGUCCUAAGUCUUGCUGUUGGCUCGCGAGUGAUGUUAAUAAGAAACAUUAUGUCAUCAGAGUACUUGGUAAAUGGGGCAACUGGAAUAGUAACUGCAUUCAAACUUAAAAACGUUGAACUACAACAACCAGGAAGUGAAAAUCCUUCAGAAAUAAUGGUGAAGUUUGAUGAUCCAAAAGUUGGAGCUAUUUUCCAAAGUUCUAUGGAACACCAAUCAAUUGCUAUUUCAACAAUUUCCUCACAUUUUACUCUUAAAACUGGACAAAUAGUUCUUCGAACACAGUUUCCACUAAUUCCCUCUUGGGCAGUUACAAUACACAAAGCUCAAGGAAUGACUCUAGAACGUGUUGUAUUGGACAUUGGGAAAAAAUAUUCCAACAGGGGAUGGCGUAUGUUGGCUUAUCGCGUGUUAAAAAAUUGUCAGGAUUGGCCUUGGUGA